UUAACAACGUCAGAAGUUAAAGUACGUGUCACUUAUUGGUUUUUCAUCGAUUUUAUUCUUUGUAAUGCACACAGUUUUAACUAGAGGCAAUGCAACGGUAGCUUACACAUUAUCAGUGUUGGCAUGCCUUACAUUCUGCUGUUUUAUAUCCACAGUUUUUCUGGACUAUCGAGUUCCUUCGAAUAUCAAUACCGGCAAAAUUCUGGUAAAAAAUGUUCCAGAUUAUGGAGCGUCCAGAGAAAAGCAUGACUUGGGUUUCAUUACAUUUGAUUUGGAAACGAAUUUGUCCACUUUAUUUAAUUGGAAUGUAAAGCAGUUAUUCCUUUUCCUUACUGCCGAAUACAGAACUAAUAACAAUCACUUAAAUGAGGUCGUUUUGUGGGACAAAAUAAUAUUAAGAGGUGAAAAUACUGCUUUGGAUUUCAAGAAUAUUAACACGAAAUAUUAUUUUUGGGAUGACGGAAACGGUUUGAGGAAUAAUAAGAACAUAACCCUGUAUUUGUCCUGGAAUAUCAUACCCAACGCAGGUCUAUUGCCUACCAUUAAGUCCAUUGGCUCACAUGUGUUUGGAUUCCCUUCAGAGUAUGCAGCUGCUCCCAUAUAAAUACUAUCCGACCAACUUUGUUUUAGUUUGGUUACGAUUAAAAACAGAGUAGACAUUAAUUGUAAUAAUUCAUUUGACAUAUUUUAAAAAUAGCCUCGACGGGAGUUUUUUUGAAAGUAAACACGAAUAUCUAGUAACAUUGAAAUAUAUGUACGCAUUUUAAACAAUUAUAAUUCUAAGAAAAAAUACAAUUUAUAACUGUAUUAACUUUUAAAUCAAUGUCCCAAUAAAAAUAAGAUCAGAAAAA